AUGACGCAUUUGUUGGUGGCGGUGGACAAGUUCACCAAGUGGAUUGAAGCACGGCCAAUCAAGAAGCUGGAUGGGCCGACGACCGUCCGGUUCAUCAAAGACAUCGCGGUGCGUUACGGCAUGCCGAACAGCAUCAUGACGGACAAUGGCACCAACUUCGCCAAGGGCGCGCUCGCGCAAUACUGCUCCGUCUCCGGCAUCCACCUUGACCUGGCUUCCGUUGCACACCCGCAGUCCAACGGGCAGGUCGAGCGGGCCAACAGCCUCAUCCUAUCCGGCAUCAAGCCGCGGCUCGUCGAGCUACUCAUCCGCUCACCCGGCAGCUGGCUUGACGAGUUGCCGGCCGUCCUCUGGAGCCUCCGCACCACGCCAAACCAGUCGACCGAGUUCACCAUGUUCUUCCUUGUUUAUGGAGCCGAAGCCAUCAUACCGACAGACGCCGAGUUCGACUCGCCGCGUGUCGCGAUCAAGAAGAUCAAGCCCAUCGGAUUCCGCGAGGGAGACCUCGUCCUUCGACUCGUCCAAGAGCAAGCCGGCCAGCACAAGCUGUCCCCUCCAUGGGAGGGCCCAUUCAUCGUCAGCAAGGCCUUUUGCGACCGUAACACCUACUACAUCAUCGAUGCCUUCAAGUCAAACAAGCGCAAGAGAGACACCGCCGGCGAAGAAACAACCUGGCCGUGGAACGCAGAACUCCUCCGCCCGUUUUAUAUGUAG